AGCGAAGAGCUACUGUGUAAUUGCGAAGAUCAUACUGGUAGUGGUGGUGUGCUGGAAGAAGCAAGUGUUUCGAUAGGACUGGCUUGCUCCUGUGCUUAACUAGUAAUAACAUUUUACCUAUACAUCUCUCAGGUUCGCCGCUGAACUCACAGUUGUUUAAUGCUCGCGUUAUAUGUGUUAGUUACUGCAUGUAUCGCAAAUUAGCUUACGAGGUGACCGCAGCGUUGUCUGUGCAGCAUCUUUGAACAUAAUUGGAGCACGAAAUUACGAUGCCAUCCCCGAUGGAGGGAUCUUCCAGAGAAGGUGACCUGUUAACUGUGAAACAUGAGCUGAAAAAUGCUAACCUGACAGGCCACGUAGAGAGGGUGGGCAUUGAAAACUUUGAGCUACUAAAGGUGCUAGGCACAGGAGCAUACGGCAAGGUGUUCCUGGUGAGGAAAGUGAGCGGUCAUGAUGCAGGGAAACUGUAUGCCAUGAAGGUUUUGAAGAAGGCCACUAUUGUACAAAAGGCAAAGACUGCUGAACAUACACGGUCAGAGCGGCAAGUGUUGGAGCACAUCCGCGAGUCUCCAUUCCUCGUUACUCUUCACUAUGCCUUCCAGACAGAUACCAGGCUGCACCUCAUUCUUGAUUAUGUGAACGGAGGUGAGCUUUUCACACACUUGGUGCAAAGGGUGCGGUUUAAGGAGCAAGAAGUAUCCCUGUACAGUGGAGAGAUUGUUCUGGCACUAGAGCAUCUACACAAGCUUGGGAUUGUCUAUCGGGACCUGAAACUUGAGAAUAUUUUACUGGACUCAAAUGGUCAUAUAGUUCUCACAGAUUUUGGCCUUAGUAAAGAAUUUGAUGAGGUAGAACGAGCUUUCUCUGUUUGUGGCACCAUUGAAUAUAUGGCUCCAGAAAUUGUGGAAGGAGGAGAGUCUGGACAUGACAAGGCAGUGGACUGGUGGAGCCUCGGCGUGUUGAUGUAUGAGCUUUUGACUGGCGGAUCACCCUUCACCGUUGAUGGAGAUGAGAACUCGCACACAGACAUUGCCAAGAGGAUUGCAAAGAAGGAUCCUCCUUUCCCCAAAGAUAUGGGACCACUGGCCAGAGACAUCAUUCAGCGACUCCUCAUCAAAGAUCCAAAGAAGAGAUUAGGCUCAGGUCCUAAUGGAGCAGAGAAUGUAAAGAAACACCCGUUCUACCAGAAAAUUAACUGGGAGGACUUGGCAGCUAAGAAGGUGCCCGCCCCAUUCAAGCCAGUGAUUCGAGACGAGCUGGAUGUCAGCAACUUUGCAGAUGAGUUCACAGAGAUGGACCCCACCUACUCGCCCGCAGCUCUACCUCAGAAUUGUGACCGCAUCUUCCAGGGCUACUCUUUCAUGGCCCCCUCAAUCCUCUUCAAGAGGAAUGUGGUGAUGGACGACCCUGUCCAGAUGUGUGGGGACUCUGAGAGACCGGGCUCUGCUGCGGUGGCCCGCAGCGCCAUGAUGAAGGACUCACCUUUCUAUGUGAGUUAUGAGAUGGACCUAAAGGACAGUGCUCUGGGAGAGGGAAGCUUCUCCAUCUGCAGACAGUGCACACACAAGAAGACUGGACAGAAAUACGCAGUCAAGAUUGUCAGCAAGAGGAUGGAGGCACAGACUCAGCGUGAAAUAGCAGCUCUGAAACUCUGUGAUGGCCACCCUAACAUUGUCAAGUUGCAUGAAAUUUAUCAUGACCAGCUCCACACGUACCUGGUUCUGGAGUUGCUUGGUGGAGGAGAGCUGCUGGAAAGGAUCCGCAGGAAGCAACAUUUCAGUGAAACAGAGGCCAGCCACAUCAUGCGCAAACUAGUGUCUGCAGUCAGUCACAUGCAUGACGUAGGAGUGGUGCACAGGGACCUUAAACCGGAGAACCUGCUCUUCACAGAUGAGAGUGAGGACUCUGAGAUAAAAAUCAUAGACUUUGGCUUUGCUCACCUCAAACCACCAGACAAUCAGCUCCUGAAGACUCCCUGCUUCACCCUGCAGUAUGCUGCACCAGAGAUACUCAAAUACGAUGGCUACGACGAGUCCUGUGACCUGUGGAGUCUGGGCGUCAUUCUGUAUACCAUGCUGUCUGGUCAGGUGCCUUUCCAGUGUCAGGAGAAGAGCCUGACCCACACUAGUGCUGAGGAAAUUAUGAAGAAAAUCAAACAAGGAGACUUCUCUUUUGAAGGAGAAGCCUGGAGAAACGUAUCCCAGCAGGCCAAGGACCUGAUACAAGAGCUGCUGACAGUGGACCCAAGCAAGAGGAUUAAGAUGUGUGGCCUCCGUUACAAUGCCUGGCUUCAGGACGACAGCCAACUGUCCUCAAACCCCCUCAUGACCCCGGACAUUCUCGGCUCCUCCACCGCCUCUGUCCACACCUGUGUCAAAGCUACCUUUAAUGCAUUUAACAAAUGUAAGCGGGAAGGUUUCCGCCUGCAGACGGUGGACAAGGCACCACUAGCCAAAAGGAGGAAGAUGAAGAAGACAAGUACCAGCACAGAGACCCGCAGCAGUUCUAGUGAGAGCACCCAUUCCUCAUCCUCCUCCUCCCAGUCUCAGGAGAAGACUUUUCCAGAGGGUGAGGCCAACCCGCAGCCGUCCAGCAGCACUCCUCUCACCACCCCUGUGGUUCUGGAAACAGACUCUGAGCACCAACCAGCGCCUCCAGCCUUUCAUUUCUCAGAAGGACAGUGAGAGGAAAAGGGACAUUCAGUCAGUUCCAUGAAUCACAGGAAGUCUCGGACCAGUGUAGAAACAGCCCUCUCCUCUCUCUGUCCCUGGCAGCUCUCUGCCUCUGGCUUAAUUGCAUGGGUGUCUGCACAUCUCCUAAAACAAGCAUGCAGCGGGAGCAGUAACCGUCACCUUAAUAUCAGUCAAUCAGUCCUCACUAGCAAUAGCCUAUCCCCUUCUCUCUCUCUCUCUCUUCUCUUUCUCUCUCUUUCUCACUCUCUUCUCUUUCUCACUUUCACACACAGACUGUAUCAAUCAGGGACUGGACCAAGAAGAUGUUGUCACUGGUGUCCAAAACAAAAAGGGCUGCCCUACUGCCCCAGGUACAGACAGACAAUGAAGUGACACCUUAACUUGUUCUGUCCACUCCAUUUGCCUGUCUUUGUCCAUGCCUUCAGAGGCUUUAAAUGGAACGUCGCCAUGUUUACACCAUGAACGCUUUGUAUUUUUUGUCAAAGGGAGAGAAGACAUGCAACACGCUGCAGCGUAACGUACCGUGGGUCCACAUCUCUUUUGCAAGAAGGAGCAGGGUAUUUAUAUGUGAAUUUUACAGACUGAAAUGUAUUUAUGAUAAGCUAUAUUGUUAAUUUAUUUAUGGUUCAGACUGAUCUGAAAAGAAACAAUGGUAUCAGUGAAUCUUAAAAAAGAUAUUUUGUGUACACGUGUGUUUCUCCUUGUCAGCUCAAAAGAUUUUCAUGUAGUCAGAUGGUUGUUCAUACGUCUUUGUAGUCACCAUAGGCAUUAAUGCUUCUAGUCUGUUCUUGAGGUACAGCUAUGUGGACAUUGUCAUUUUAUUAUAGGCAAGAAGAGAUUAACACAGUUAGCUACUGGUUAAUGCUUUAGAACCAGUUUGCUGGAUUUGUGAAAGACUUUUUAAAUUAUUUGUGGAGGCUGGUGAGUUUUGGGACUGAACUGCAGCUGUAUCCAGUGGUCGAAAAAGUCAGACCCUAGUUUAUAAGGCUUAAAGAAGCAAAACUGUAAACAUCUUUUUGUAGAAAGACCCAAAUGUGGAUGUAGUAUGUUCAGCCAAAUUUGUGGUGUUAUUGUUGUAUGGGGAGUACUGCUGCCUCAGAUGAUGUGACUACAAAAACGGCUCUAUUUUGCCUGUAAUGUGAGAGUAUGGCCACUUAAAGACUCAGCACUACUCCUGUUGCACAUGGCCUAAUCUUCAAGUGAGUAUUUAGCCCAGCAGUGGAUUUGCCUUGUAUAGUGUAAGACUUAAUUGUGUCAUUGUCACUACGACCAAUUGGACUGAGCAGAACGGAACAUCCAGAUCAGCUUAGUGCGAGGUGAAUGCAUCAGGAAGUUCCAGGUUGCUUUUUGAGAUCCCAAAGGGCAACUUUAAGUAGCUUCCUUUGCAGAUAAAACCAGAUACAAUUAUUUUAAAGUGGAUAUGUUUAUGUGCCAAAAAUACCAUUAAAUCAGGUGAGGGUCAGGUUUAAACUGUGGUGAGGUGAGGUGGGUGAUACACAAGGACAUUUUAAGGCAAUAUUGUUAAAAAAAAAAAAAAA